AUGGCACUGAUCGUGGCAAGGCUGUUGGUCCUGCUCUCGAUGUCCGUCCAGGCGUCGAUCGUAAAUGGCGCGCGCGCAAUGAACAUGGACUCGACGGCGCCCGGAUCGCAGUUCCGUUUCAGCGAGCAUCAUGGUCGUCCCCAGCCUUUCAAUCCUCUUGAGCGUGAGUCUAUAAGAUCUAUCUCCAUUCCCAUGGAGUCGAGGAACCCACAAAGUUGAUACAUUGAGCCCGGAACAGACAUGAGCGGCAUCUCGCCCUACCACGACGCCCCGGGAGCCAACCUCGAGCCCCCCGAAGGCUGCAAAGUCUCAGCCGCGGCAUUCUUGAUCCGCCAUUCGGCAAUCUACGCCAACGAUGACGAAUGGGAUGACUUCAUGAAACCUACCGUCGACAAGAUCUACGCCGCGCGCAAGUCGCUGCGAGCUUUAGACUACAAGAAUCCGCUGAGGUUUCUCGGGAAAUGGAAGGUCCCGAUUGAGGAAGAUCAGGUGGAGAUGCUGACGGAGCCGGGGAGGAAGGAUGCUUUUGAUUUGGGAAAGAGGAUGCGAUAUCUCUAUGGCCCCUUGAUGCCACCCAAGCACUAUGGGAAAAAGAAAACUUCGGGUGGUAAAGGCAAGAAGGGGAAGGACAAGGUCGAAGAGCCUUUCAAAGUGAGCUCUAGCUUGGCUCGUGAAGGAACUCCGCCCACUGACCGGCCCGCUCGCUCGGCAACAGAUUUUCACUGCGAGUUCGGAGCGAGACAUCGAAUCGUCUAAGGCCUGGAUCCGCGGCGCUUUCCCAAACCACCAGGAAGGAGACGACGGAGAGGGGGACGGCAAAUUCGUUUCGCUCGUCAAGGUCCCCAACAAGUCCCCCGAUUGGGCCAGCAGCUUGACACCGCAUGUGAGCAAUGAGAGACGUAUGCAAGCAUUGCGGAUGGGACUCUGAGGCUGAUUGUGUUUUUUUGCGCUUCCGCAGAAAAUCUGCACAGCAUUUACCAAGGAGGUUGGGAAGCCUGAAGCUCAAAUCUGGCUCGAAAAUUAUGGUCCCGAGCCUUUGAAGCGACUGCAGGAGUGGGCGCCCGAAGUUGGCUUUGAGUUGAACGACAUCAUCGGUUUGCAAAUGCUUUGCGGCUACGAAUCGGUCGUGAGUCCAGCGCAAAGUCCCUGGAAGACAGCGUGUCCGGCAAGAUCUGAUUCUCCCCAGCACCCCUGUUCGAGCUGUGUAGAUCCUCAAGAGCCGCUCCUCUCGCUUCUGUUCGUCCGAACUAUUCACCGAGUACGAGUUUCGCUCGUUUGGCUACUGGAACGACAUCAAGUACCACUACCAGGUCGGCUACGGCGCUAGGUUCGCGCCUCAUCUUGGCAUGCCCUGGGUCAACGUCUCGACCCACAACCUUAUUGCGGCUUUCCAAGGGCCGCAUCCCCAUCUUACUUCCGGCUCCAAGCUCCCGCCGCCUUCAGCACCGCCAGAUGAGGAGCACACCCAGCUCCUGUUCCCUUACUUCUCCCAUCGGGAAGAGCCGCCCGUCGUUCUCGUUGCCCUCGGAUUGUGGAACACGACGACGAUCAAUCCGCAUCGACUUGACCACGAUCGAGCAUGGCAUACCUCUCAGUGAGUGCAUCUCUCACCGGAGAACCAAGUGCUUGGCAAAGACUGACUCGGGCUGAUCGUUUUAUCUCUGGCUCGCCCCUGUCUUCAGCCUGCUGCCGUUCUUGGGCCACAUCGCUCUCGAGAGGUUGAGCUGCAAGGGCGAUGAGGCGGACUACAUGCGCAUUCUCGUCAAUGGUGCCCCUCAGAAGGUGCCGGCGUGCCAUCAUGGCCGCGGAGGGUCGUGCCCGCUCGACGAAUGGGCUGAGUAUGUCAAGGCGCGUCAGGAGUUGUAUAUCGACUUUGAGGGCGCGUGCAAGAAAGAUUGA